CAUUCAAGCAAAAGGCGGGGCAAUUGCUUUUCCAGAGCAGAAAGGAAACUCAUGCAUCAGAAAAGGUGAUUAAUAAACACAUUGAAAGAGUAUGGCUGCACAGAUACCAGAAUCCGACCAGAUAAAACAGUUUAAGGAGUUCCUGGGAACCUACAAUAAACUUACAGAGACCUGCUUUUUGGACUGUGUUAAAGACUUCACAACAAGAGAGGUGAAGCCUGAAGAGGUUACCUGUUCAGAACAUUGCUUACAGAAAUAUUUAAAAAUGACACAGAGAAUAUCCAUGAGAUUUCAGGAAUAUCAUAUCCAGCAGAAUGAAGCCCUGGCGGCCAAGGCAGGACUCCUGGGCCAGCCACGGUAGAAGCGCGGAGACACAGACUUGCCCUGGGAU